AUGACACCGAAGGUGUGCUGCUGGACGGACUCUACCGUGGCCCUCGCGUGGAUCCGCGGCCACCCGUCCCGUUGGAGCACCUUUGUUGCAAAUCGCGUCGGGACGAUACACGAGAUGAUUCCGGGUGCCCGUUGGGGCCAUGUAUCGACUGUAGACAAUCCAGCGGAUGCCGCCACCCGUGGAAUGUCACCAGCGGCUCUGCGCAGCCACGACAUAUGGUGGGGGGGUCCCAAGUGGCUGUUGCUCCCGGAAGACCGUUGGCCAAAGCGGGAGCCCCGGUUGAUGACGGCGCCGGAGGAACGACGCGUCGUGCAAGCCACCACUGUGGCCUUACCUGAGUGGGACGGGUUGAUAAGGGCGUCCUCAUAUCGCCGGGCCCUCCAUGUGAUGGCCUAUGUGCUCCGCGUAGUCACGAGGAGCGCCGGCUCUGCGUUGGGGCUGACUGCCUCCGAACUUCGACGCGCGGAGGUACGCCUUAUAUGGCUGACCCAGGAGGGAUCCUUCGCCCGCGAGAGACGUUGCGCGCAGAGCGGCUUGCGCCUUCCCCGCGACAGCCCGUUGCGGGAACUGUGCCCGGUACUGGAUCGGGAAGGGUUAUUACGAGUGGGCGGACGGCUAGCAUCCGCCCAGCUCCCGGUAGACGAACGUUGCCCAAUUGUCCUGCCACGACAAUCACAUUUCACGGCACUACUCGUUCGGGACAUCCACGAGCGCACGCUCCAUGGGGGUACCCAGCUCACGCUGGCCACGCUGCGCGAGCGUUUCUGGGUGCCAGCCGGUCGUGCCUUUGUCAGAGGGCUGCUCCACCGCUGCGUCGUCUGCACUCGGCAUCGGGCGCGACCCAUGCAACCAAUGAUGGCUCCUUUGCCCAGGGAUCGUGUCGUCGCCACGGCGCCAUUUAACAUCUCCGGAGUGGACUACGCCGGGCCGGUCUCGUUGACUGCUUCGCGGGGCCGGGGCCGACGCGCCUUUAAGGGUUACAUUGCCGUGUUCGUGUGCUUUACCACCAGAGCGGUCGACCUGGAACUCGUGGGCGAUUACACGGCGUCGGCGUUCUUAGCAGCUUUGCACCGCUUCGCGGCAUGCCGUGGAACCCCGUCGACUCUUUGGAGUGACCAGGGCACCACAUUCUUGGGAGCCAGUCGGGAGCUGCGCACUCACCUGUCCGACGUACUAAGACAGGGCGGGCCGGUGGCGCAGGCCCUUGCCAACGACGGCACGAAGUGGAAAUUCAUCCCUCCUUCAGCUCCACACUUUGGCGGAUUAUGGGAAGCAGGGGUUCGUUCCGUGAAACACCACCUCCGGCGGGUAAUAGGCGCCCGACCACUCUCCUUCGAGGAAUUCUCCACGUGGCUGGCACGAGUCGAGGCCUGUCUCAACUCUCGGCCGCUCUGCCCACUCACCGACGAUCCCGACGACCUGAGGGCAUUGACUCCGGGCCACUUCCUCAUAGGCCGUCCGAUCAACGCCAUUCCGGAACCAAGCGUCGAGGGAGUCAGACCGUCCACGCUGUCCCGGUGGCAGCUCCUGCGGAGCAUGACGGAGCACCUCUGGGCCAGGUGGUCCAAAGAGUACCUGUCUCAACUCCAGGAGCGGCGUAAGUGGGCCAGCCCUGAGGACCCGCCGCUCGUGGGAGAACUGGUGGUCAUCAUCGACGCCCGUUUCCCUCCGUCUAAAUGGGCUCUGGGACGCAUCCUCGAACUGUUCGCGGGCCCCGAUGGUCAAACACGAGUCGCGCGGGUGCGAACUCAGGAGUCCGUCCUCACGAGGCCCCUAGUCAAACUAGUGCGGCUGCCGAUCGGGGAAGCUGUCGAAACACCCGACACUCCAGCACUUACUUAA